AUGCCAAUGAAACUGGAUGGCAGCUGCCAAUGCGGCGGCGUGGAAUUCACUCUCCAGUCGCAAACCCCAGUCCCCUACCAACUAUGCGCCUGCAGCAUCUGUCGCAAAGUGGCAGGUUAUAGUGGGGCCGUGAACCUGGGUGGCAUCGCGGAUAGUCUCCAGAUCCUCAAGGGAAAGGACCUGAUCAAGAAAUACAAUGGAAUUAAAGACCGCGGAACUCCGAACGAGGAGCGCUGCGCUUCCGAGCGGAACUUUUGCUCGAAUUGCAGCACCAUGCUGUGGCUGUGGGAUCACCAUUGGCCGGAAUUGAUUCACCCUUUUGCCUCUGCGAUUGAUACGGACCUGCCUGAACCGGCGGAGAUGGUCUGUAUCAUGGCCGACUCAAAGCCGGCAUGGGCGCGAUGGCCAGAGGGGAAGAAGAGCGUGCAUACUCUCUACAACAAAGAUAGUCUGGAGGAGUGGCAUAAGAGACACAACUAUUUUGUGGAGUAG